ACAAGAACAAGCGUCGUGCAUUGAUGGCAAAGGGUGUUCAGAAAACGCUAUCCAAAACUUCUCUCCUCGGAAACUUCCUUCCCACGGGCACUCUCCUCACCUUCGAGAUGGUGCUGCCUUCAAUCUACAAGAACGGAGAGUGCAGCCACGUGCAGACCCUCAUGAUCAACUUCCUCCUCGCUGUCUGCGCCCUCUCAUGCUUCUUCUUCCACUUCACCGACAGUUUCCACGGUCCUGACGGAACCCUCUACUAUGGCUUCGUCACCACGCGCGGUCUCUCCGUCUUCAAGCCUUCUCUCCCCGCCGUGCCUGUGCCUCGCGACGACAAGUUCAAGGUGGGGUUCACCGACUUCGUCCACGCCGUCAUGUCCGUGAUGAUCUUCGUGGCCAUUUCCGUUUCCGAUCACAGGGUCACCAACUGUCUGUUCCCUGGGCGCGAGAAGGAUUUGGAGCAGGUUAGGGAGAGUUUUCCUCUCUUGGUCGGACUCCUCUGCAGUGGCCUGUUCCUCUUCUUUCCCACUUCCAGACAUGGAAUUGGUUGCAUGUCUGCCUAGUUGCAUGUCUGCCUAGUUCCUUCCGUUCCUUUCUUUAAGAUAUUGUCUUUUCUGUUUCAUCAAUAAAUAUUAGGGUUCUAAUGUAUAUAUCAUGUAUGAUUCUCUUCAUAAUAUAUGAUGUAUGAUUCUCUUCGUAACUGACAUUCUCAACAGUGUGUGUUCUCUAUUUUUUUCUGUACAUUAACAAAACUGGGAUGCUCACACAGCUCUCAAAGUUGGUGGAGUCUCGAGUUAGUACAGGGUCUGUGUUUCUUUGAGAUUUCAUGUGAUAAUUUUGAAGCCAAGUAGUUUUUG